AUGGCUUCUUCUUCUCAAAAUAAUUUAGAUAAUGCAUUUGAUGAUGCAUUUGAUGAUGCAUUUGAUGCUGCAUUUGAUAAACGUUUUGAUCAAGUCAUGGAGAAUCUAACCAUUCCCAUUCGUGUCUUUGCAUAUGGUUAUGCGGCUGAUACGGUCGACGAAUACCUCCGGCUCGCUGAAUCAACAACUCGGUUAUGUGUGGAAAAAUUUGCGGAAGGAAUUAUAUCUUUGUUCGGCGAUCAAUACCUAAGAAGACCAACACCGGCUGAUCUUCAACGUCUACUCGAUGCUGGAGAGUAUCGUGGAUUUCCCGGGAUGAUAGGAAGCAUCGACUGUAUGCAUUGGCGGUGGAAGAAUUGUCCCUUUGCUUGGAAAGGGCAAUACUCUCGUGGUUCGGCUAAACCAACAAUCGUUUUAGAAGCGGUUGCUUCAUUUGAUCUCUGGAUAUGGCAUGCGUUUUUUGGAGCUCCAGGUACUUUAAAUGAUAUCAAUGUUCUUGAACGUUCGCCUGUUUUUUAUGACAUAAUACAUGGUCAAACUCCGAAUGUCACUUUCUUUGUCAAUGGAAGCGAGUAUCAUAUGCCUUACUAUCUUACCGAUGGUAUUUAUCCGAAAUGGGCAACUUUUAUCCAAUCUAUUCCUUUACCACAAGGACCGAAAGCAGUUUUAUUUGCUCAACGUCAAGAAGGCACUCGGAAAGAUAUCGAGCGUGCUUUUGGAGUCUUGCAAGCUCGGUUUGCCAUUGUUAAAAAUCCAGUGCUGUUUUGGGAUAAAGACAAAAUUUGGAAUAUUAUGAUGGCAUGUAUCAUACUCCAUAAUAUGAUAGUAGAAGAUGAACGAAGUGGAUACACUCUAGAAAAUAAUGCAGAGUUCACGCAAGGCGAAGAUAACAGAACUUCACAUGUCGAUCACACAUUUUAUACAGGUGCCCCUAAAAGUUUCGCAAACCAGAUGGAUGUUGAGACAAGUAUUCGUGAUACACAAAUGCAUCAACAUCUGAAAAACAAUUUGGUUGAACAUAUAUGGAGUAAAUUUGGAUGA